AGCCUCACCAUCUAAUACCACAUCUUGACAUGCUCCGUCGCCCUACACUGACGCACAACUGAACCUGGACAGGUCGCUAUGGAAACCUCGAGUCUACCCUACGGGCUUGCGACCGUGCGCAUCGCUCGGGCGUGGGAAGGCUGCCGUCAUGCUCGCCCGGGCCGAGAAGUUGCUGCCUCCAGGCUCUGGAAGAUGGUUGGGAGUGGGGUCCGGGUCGACACGUGCUGCAUCGAUAAGACGUCCAGUGCAGAGUCGUCCGAGGCCAUCAACUCCAUUUCUCCGGAACAAUGGGUUCUAUCAGGAUCCCAACGAUACCGGCUCUGCUACCAAGGUCGACUUCUUGCUCAAGAACGCGCUACCAGACCCGCCGGUGGUCACAUGGGCUAUGCGAACUGAUCCAUCGUUUGUUGCAUCUGCCAAUUCUCUCCACGCAAAGAUGAGUCCUCUGCCAUUCAAAGGACUUGACAGGUCGAAUUCAACCUCUGAAGUGAUAUAUCUAGCUUUCUUCGUUGGCGAGAUGCAGGAUCAGGCUGAAUUCUUGUCCUGGAAUAUGUCCACUCAUCUGUACGCCAAAGCUGUUGCUGGACAAGACGCUUAAACCAGCAUUACUCACUAAUAGUGCGUAUC